AUGGCUACCAAAGACGAUACCACCCCGCGUCCAUCAAUGGACUCCUUCGCAGCUCCCAGAUCACCUACUUUCUCCGCCUUCUCGUUUACCGAAACUUCAUCUGGCCUUCCCCGUGGGAGGAGAGGGUCUGCAGCUUCAUCCGUAUUCUCGCUCAACUCUGUUUCGGAUCAUCGGUCGUCAACUGCUGCUGUUAGGGAUAUAAAGAAUCAUGCUAUCGCUACUCUUCUCGACAAUACCACGACCCGCUCCAACAUUCCCAAACCAACAACCCGCGACAUCCCACCAGUAGUACUCACAAACAUCACCAAAGUAGCUUAUACCGAAUUCUCCCAGUAUCUCUCUAUAGCACCCGAAUACGAAAGAUAUAAGCGAGCGAAAGAACAUGAAUGGGAGGAGGCUGUUCGGCGACCUAGGACACCCGAUACACCUGUUACCGAAGAUCCGUUUAAAACCCUUGUGAGGAGUCCAGACAGCAGGAAGACUUCCUUGGUGCCCUCCACACCACCAAUUGGACGGCCUGGAUCUAGUGACGGUGGGGCCAGUGGAAGGAAGUCGAGCUUGAGGAAACAGAGCGUGGCUAUACCUCCUUUAAAUACAGUACCGCAGAUAUAUUUUGACGAAAACUUUCAUCUCGAGAAUCCCAGGACGUUCGAUGUGGUCAGCGAACGUAGUCAUGUUAUCCAAUCACCGAUCCAAGAGAAUGGUAUCGACGGAGGAGGAGGGCAUUUCGCAGUCGGGAGGAAAGCGUUGGCUACCAAUGCCAUUUUACAGGAAAAGCUAAGUUGGUAUAUGGAUAUCGUGGAAGUGCAUCUGAUUAAGGAGAUUUCUUCGGCAUCAUCCGGGUUCUUUGCCGCUCUUGGAGAUCUAAGAGAGUUACACGCCGAGGCUGAUGCAUCGGUUCGGAAGAUUCAGUCGUUGAGAGCGGAAUUGGACAGAUUGGACAGGGAUCAAGCGCUCGCCGGGCUUGAAGUCGUUAGACUACGAAGAAGGAAGGCGAACGUCCAGAAACUGGUCCAUUCGGUCGAACAGAUUGCGCAUACUAUCAAGAAAUUGAGCGAGGCGGAGGAAUGUCUAGAGAAAAACGACAUUGUGGCCGCGAUGGACACUAUUGAUGCUACAGAGUCGCUUUUGGAAGGCCGCUCGGCAUGUGGCCUUGCGACUCCUAUAAUUGACCUUCGCCCUGUCAAGGCAGUCUCAGCUAUCCAAGUUGACCUUACAAAUCUUCGUGCUCGAUGCGGAAAGGCUCUGGAAACCCGUUUCGUUGAUACGCUUCUAGCAGACCUUCGAAAACAUGCGGAAACUGUACCGCCGUCGGAUACAUUACUCAGAUUCUUUCAGGCAUACCAGAGACAACAGAGUCGGUCGGCACUUAGGGCCGACGCCAUGCCAUCCCCUCGGCCGGUAUCGAUGGAUUAUUCGCAGCUACCGGACUCCUUGAGGUCAUUAUUGCUCGACCAUCUCGACGGCCUACGACGUGCGAACCACGUUGAAAAGGCUGUACAGGCAUACCGUGAGGCAGUACUUAAGGAGACUAAAGCCAUCAUUCGCCGAAAUAUGCCUAGCGACGAUGAUGCAGCCAGUAACCUUAGUGGUGCAAGUCGUGCGGCGGGUAUGGGUCGUACAGCGGCCGAAAAGUCAUCAAGUCUUGCGAAAGCCCUCAGAGCACUGGGCCCCCGAGAAGCCGAAGAUUUGCUUGUGAGAAUUUAUACUGCUAUCAGCGAGACAUUGAGGCGACUUGGUACCCAACAGAAGUUAUUGUUGGAUGUUACGAGCGGGAUUGACAGUAUUCUAUCUCCCAGAAACUUCUCAACUUCACCUAAUGGGGUGGGGAGUCCGCCGCCUACAACGGAGAGUAAUAUGGACUCGUUUUAUUCGGUUUAUUCUAUGGAUAUCUCCGAACUUAUAAAUGCAGCUAUCGAUGCGGCGCAGAUUCAGAUGGUCAAGGUGUUGAAAGUUAGGAACGACCAAACUGCGCGGUUGCCACUAGGGGACUUUUUAAGAUAUUUCAUGUUGAACAAGUUGUUUUCGGCGGAAUGCGAGGGGCUGUCUGGUAGGAUUACGACGAACCUCCAGGGUGUGAUUGGAAGCCAGAUUAAGGAUUUUAUCACCGCUUUCCAUUCUGAGAGUAUCACACAACUUGCCACGACUAUUGAAAAGGAUCAAUGGGAAGCAAAAGAUUUUAAACCCUCCGCAAAAGCUAGCCUUGAGAGGGUUCUAGAAGCUGCUACCAAAGAUGCGGAGAUGUGGCUUGCUUGGGGGAGGGUAUAUGAGGAUCCACCAGUCCAGGAGGAAAAUGUAGACGAUCAGUUGCCGACUGGUAAGAUUAGGACGGCGACGAUUGAUGAGCAGAGAUUUAUCUUACCGGAAAGUGGAUUGGUGGUGCUACGAUUAUUGGAAGGGUAUGAAUGUUUGAUGGCUAUGAUUCCUGUUAGUGUGGCAGAUGUCGCGACUAGUUUGAUCGAAUUUUUGAAGUUAUUUAACUCCCGAGUCUGCCAAGUCAUCCUCGGAGCCGGUGCGACAAAAUCAGCUGGCUUGAAACAUAUCACCACAAAACACCUAGCAUUAGCAUCACAGGCUCUAUCAAUCGUUAUCGCCGUAGUCCCCUACCUCCGCGAAGCUAUCCGUCGCCACCUAGGCCCCGCAUCCUCAGGCGGCACCAUCCUCCCGGAAUUCGACAAACUAAAACGUAUCUUCCAAGAACAUCAAUCAGAAAUCCAUAGCAAAUUGAUCAGUAUCAUGUCGGAUAGAUUGAUGGCCCAUGUUAGGAAUAUAAGACAGAAUAUCGAUUGGGACGGCCCCGGCGGUGUUGAAGGGAAGGUUAGUUUGUAUAUGGAGACGUUGGUGAAGGAGACUACGACGUUGAAUAAAGUGCUUAGUAAGCACUUGAGUGAAGAAGUGCUUGGGAGUAUCAUGGGACCGGUUUUUGCGGUUUAUAAGAAGAGACUUGGGGAGGCUUAUGCGGUUGUACCGGUAAAGACGGAAGUUGGGAGAGGAAGGAUGCUACGGGAUGCACAGUUCUUUAAAGAUAGGAUGGCAAAGCUGGAAGGUGGAGCUGAAGCAGGAGAAGAUAUUUUGAAAGUUGUAACGGAGAAGAAUAUCUCCGGGGCAACAUCCUCCAAUGCCGUAGCUGAAACGCCGAGGAAUAGUAUUGCGAUUGCAACAGGGGCAAAUUUAGCUUCUUCCUCUUCUUCCGCUACUGCUAAUGGAGAUAAAACCUCUGCUAGUACAGAAGGGAAAAAGGAUACUGCUGAUGCUACUGCUGAUGCGGCGGGAGAACCGGCUGGUGCAACAGAAAAGAACGGAGAUAAGAAGGCGUAG